GUACUACCUACCUGACUAAACUUCAUGUCUCAAUUCCAAUGUCAACUAAUGUAAAAAAUAACCACAAGGUUUAUUAAAGUCUUAUCAGUAUGAUUCUUGCAUCGCAUAUACAUUGUUGGGUGCUUAAAAAAAUAUUCCUGCCCAUGUCGUAAUCUAUGAAAUAUUCUAUGGAACGGAUGGUACUAUUACCUAUGGUGGCAUAGAUUCUAUGGUAGUAUUCUUUUAUCUAUAGGUAGUGUCAACUAUAACUAACCUCAUUUCUGUUUGUAAAUUUUGCUAUGCUAAAAGGUUGUGUUUAUUUUAUAUUUAAACAGUACUACAAAAAUAGAUAACGUAGUCAGUAAUAUAGUCCCUUUGGGUUAAGAAAAGUAUUCGUUUUUUCGCAAUUCGUUAACUGUAGCUUUUAAAAUGGAUGUUAUAUGCCCCCGGUGUAAAACUACAAAAUUUCAAAAUCCAUCACUAAAAAUGAUGGUAAAUGUUUGUGGUCAUGCACUUUGUGAAAGUUGUGUGGAUUUACUGUUUUUAAAAGGUUCCGGAGCUUGUCCAGAAUGUCGUAUCCCUUUAAGAAGGAACAAUUUCAGGGUACAGUUAUUUGAAGAUUCAAUGGUAGAAAAAGAGGUAGACAUUCGAAAAAGAAUUUUAAGAGAUUUUAACAAAAAGGAGGAGGACUUUGCUUCCGUUAGAGAAUACAAUGACUACUUAGAAGAUGUGGAAACAAUAAUUUUUAAUUUAACUCAUGAUAUAGAUAUAGUGAAUACCAAUAAAAAAAUUGAUGAAUACAAAAAAAACAACAAAGAACAAAUUAUGAAGAGCAAGAGCAAAAUGAGUAGAGAUGAAUAUGAAUUAGAAGAAAUGAUUGAAUUUGAAAGACAACAGGAAGAAAUUAGACGUAGUGAAUUGUUACUGGAACAGGUAGAAGCUAAAAAAAAGAAGAUCAGGGAAAAGGAAGCUCUAAUUGACGAGCUCAUGUUUUCAAGUACAAAUGCUAAGAAUAUUGUUGAAACAUUUGCACAACAAGCCAAAGAAUCAAAGGAAAUAGAAAAUAAACAAUCAGUAAAACGUCCAACUCAAUUUUCAAGUGGCAUUCAAUUUGGAAAACAAUCAAAUACGUUUUUACCAUUACCUAUAGAAGAAGGCCCCUUGUAUAUUUAUCAGCCUCCCUUGGUAAUUAUGGAAGGGCCACUAUUACCUUCAGAAGAAGAAUUAUCAAGAGUAGGCUAUUUAAGACAUGUUAGAGUUGAAACUGAGCAAGAAAGAGCGGGAGGUUUCAAGUCAAACGUCGCUUGUAUGAGAGCAUUACAAGACGCUUUUGCAGGAUUGUAUCACACUAAAAAAGUUGCAGUUUAAAAAUGAUAUUUAUAAAUUNAUUCGUAU